CUGUCCUUCAGCCUAGCUGACCUCAUCGAAAUCCCCUCCUGUUCUAAUUCGCUGCCCACGGCCCUGCCGAUAAAAGGGAGGCUCAUCCCUGCUGCAGGGAACUCUGUUUCCAUCCCCUGCAGCUCAGCCGCCUCCUUCUCUCGGGUCCUGCCAGCCAUGAAGCUUCUUUUCCUGUUGCUUGCCCUCCUCCUGGCCACAGAACCAGUGGCAUCAGGAGAAUGUUGGAUGGAUGGACACUGCCGGUUGGUGUGCAAAAAUGAUGAAGACAGCAUCUCACGCUGCCGAAAUCGUAAACGGUGCUGUGUCCCUAGUCGUUAUUUAACAAUCCAACCAGUAACAGUUGAUGGAAUCCUUGGCUGGACCACUGCUCAGACGCCCACUCCAGCCACAACUAAGAAGACAAACUAGAAAUCAUGUAUAGAAAUGACUUCGUUUCAGGUUCCUUAGUGUCCACAUCCCAUUAAACUCACAAAUUUG